AUCGAUUAUCGAUGACUCAAACACUGAGUCAUGAAGCAAAGCCAGCUAAUCCGUUUCUCCGGAGGAUUGUCGGCGCUCCGCUAACAGCAUGCUAACAGUUAGCCGGUUUCUAACGACAACAGCUAGUAACUGUGACGCAGCAGCGUCGCCAUGGAUACAGUGAGCCCGGUUCCACCCGGACUUAACCCGGUUUAACUGAACUGGGUUAAGUCCGGAGCCUUUAACGCUGCAGCUAGUUAGCUUAGCACAGACGGCCAAUCAGAGCGCAAGAUGGAGCAUCAGCCAAUCACAGCGGCCUACAUCUGCCCCAUGAUUGGUCCACAGAUCAGGCUCAUGGACUCUUCACCUGAAACUCUUACCUGGUUACUCUUGGUUGCAGCAUGGAGCGCCCUUAUUGGAUGGAUCACUCACUGACUGCACUACCUCCAGAUCUCGACUCAGCAGCACGAUGUCAGGCUCUUCUGAUGAAGGUGACCAGAGGAAGGUGGAGUCUACCAGCAGGAUGUGGGCGGAGUCUCAGCCAGGUCCAUCCAGAUGUCAGCCCAGCAGACAGGGUUACUGUGGGUACUGCAGAGUCCUCUAUAGCAACCUGGACCAGCACUUGUCCAGUCUCAGACACCUGGAUUCUGUCCGGUCGUCCUCCCGAGGCUCCAGCACCGUCUCCUCCGCAAGCGGCAGCAGAACCAAACUAACCCUGCUUGAGCGCUUCCUGCAGGAUGUCAUGCAGCACCACCCCCACCGCUACAACGACCCCAGGCCAUCUCAUGCUGACCUCCCAUCAGUUUCUGCCCCUCCGUUGCCAAGGGAGGAGCUUGAUGAACUCCGCUUCUCUGAUGAAGACAGCCGGUCCCUGGGCACCCGUGAAAACCUGCCGAGCUCUGAUGACGCCUCUUGCCAGCCAGCCAAUCGGAAGGAAGACAACCGAACACACAGCCAAUCAGGAGAAGGAGACAGAGAGCGGGAGAGUAAGGAAAGGCUGUCUGCACCAAUCAGAGAGCAGGAGGAGGGAGGGCCCAUCCUUGCAGGGCACACACAGUCCUCACAAGCACAUACCCUGACCCCACAUUCAAAGACCCCGCCCCCACACCAUCAGGCCACUCCCACUGUCCACAGGAAGGCUCACAGAAAGACAAACAGGAGGAAAACCAGCGACUCCUCUUUAUCUGAACCGACAUGCCUCAGGGAUACAGACCUUGAUCUUUGGGCUCCCACAGAGCUCAGGCCCUCUCCAGGCCCUGGUCCUGGUCCAAGGCCUAGUCCCCGGCCCUCCAAAGAGAUGAGAUACUGUCCAGACCCUAGCCCUUGUCCAGGGCCUAGUCACCAGCCCCCUACAGAGCACAGGCCCCUUCCAGAACCUGGUCCCUGUCCAAGGCCUAGGCCCAUGCCCCCCACAGAGCUGAAACCUUGUCCUGACCCUGGUACUUUUCCAAGGCCUAGUCCUAGGCCACCCACAGAGCUCAGGCCCUGUCCAGACCCUAGUCCUUGUUCAAGGCCUAGCCUCCGACCAGAGUUUAGACCCUGUUCAGGCCCUGGUCCCUGGCCCCUCACAGAGUCCAGGCCCUGGUUGCGCUGGGAGAAGGAGAGGAGGGAGGCCCAUAAAGAGGAGGCGUUCUCCUCAGACCACAGUGACUCUGUGGAUCAGACCAUAGAGGAGGUGAUCCAGAUGUGUUGUUAUGGAGUCAGUUCUGCAACUCCUUGGCAGCAGGACGAGACAGAGAGCUUUCACUUCAGCCUCCCAGUCUCCAUGGAAACACAGAGUGACGACUGGGACUCACCUGUACAGCAAAGACAAACACUCAGUGACACACCUGUCCAGGCCAGCCAGGUGGAGGGGCGGGACCUGAGCCAUCUGAUGGAUGCUCAGGUGGAUCUGGAGGACCAGGUAUACCUGUACCAACUUGACUCCGCCCUCAACAGUGAGCAGCGAGCAGGGACUGAGUCCAAACAGGACCAGGGCUUUUGGACUGUGCCAAUAGAGGCGGUGCUGCCAGCCCCGGAGCAUAUCCCAGAAUCCUUCAGGGGGAAGAGCUGGAGGCAAAUCGAACAAGAGGAUGAGCAGAAGGUUGAAAAACUGGUCCGACAGUUCAGACGGGGGAGAUUCAUCUGCUACUUUGACACAGAGUCUCUGGCAAGGUACGGUAGGAGGAGCCAAAACAAGAAAGGGGGCAGUGAGAAUGAGAAGGUGGAGUCAGACACCAACGCCCUGCUGUUAAUGGAUGACGAUGACUCGUCAUGCAUCAGGAGGAGGAAGAGAGGGAAGCGGGCCUUCAGAGUGGCGUCCAGGUGUCAGGUGGUCAAAGUCAGUCACAGCACUCAGACGAUCCGAUUGGUUGUCCCAGCUGUUCGCCAAACAGCUUUGGAGGCCCCCCCCACCAGCGUCUCAGUAGCCAAUCAGGAUGUAGCAGAGAGGACUCCUGAGGUGCAGACUUGGCGCUCCCUGCCUUCGUCGUACUCCAACAUCAUCACACCUCUGCAGCCUCGCACCUCUCUCAUCUACCUGCUCUGCUCCCCCUCAGGCCCCGCCCCCACUGACACACCUGCACUGGGCUCCACCCCUAAACGCUGCAGGAAGAAGAGGCGGCCGCUUGACCAGCAGGGGGUAAAGGUCAAAUACAAACAGCUUCCUGUUAGGUUCUAUGACCCCAGCAGCAACCGCAUCCUGAAAAACCCUCCCAGAAGCUUCGUGUGGAGGAAAGGCUCCAGCCCGCCGCCACCCUGCGUCCGUCAGCUAUUCAGAAGUCUGAGUCCGGACCUGAACGCUGACAGGCUGCCGGGAGAGGGAGCUGUGGGGUCCUCCAGGGUCAAAGGUCAGAGGUCGUCGGACACUUUCCUCCUGAGUGGACAGACUAACAAACAGGACACAGUCAGGAGGCGGGGCAGGAUUUCUCAAGCCCCGCCCCCUCCACCUCACAGCGGGUUAGAGCGGGGAAAGGGGGGGAGGAGGGACAAGACACACCACCCACCCCCUAGGAGAAGAACCAGGGCCCAGGCCACGCCCCCGCAGCCCAGAAGAGAGGGUCUGCGUCGGGCAGGACCCAGGACUAAAGCCCCCACUCCUACAGACCCACCUCACUCGCCCUCACCCCGCCGGGGGAGGGCCCGGAGGGGGCGGGGCUGUGAGAGGGGGCGGAGGUAGCAGGACAGGGUACCUGUCCCGGUAAAAGCCGCAUUUACAAAAGAUUCCGUUUGUAAACAAGGCUGCUGGACUUUAUAUGGAUUCUGUUUAAUGAUGUCACUAUUAAAAAGAAUCAACAUGUCAUUUUAUGUUUGUGUGCAGAAACAUGAAAAUAAAAAACGUAAUCCGUAAUUUACAUUUUUUUAUUUCAUUAAUUUAUAUUGAAAAUCCUACAUUUGAAUUGUUAUCAGAAUUGAAAUUAACUUUAUUUAAACAACAUCCUGUGCACACAAAUAGAAAAUGAAUCCAGAGUUUGAUUAAAUUAUUUUAUUAUAAUGUUGGCAGACCUGGUACCAUUUCUUCAGGUACUGUUGUUUGAUAUUUUAUACCUUUACACUCAUGUUUCUAUAUCAAUACAUUAUGUUGAAUAAACAUAUAUGUUGAAUUUUAUAAUCUGAA